AUGUAAUUCGAUAACUUAUUUGGUUAUGAAGAAUAAUAAUAAUAGUCAUAAUUACAGCUAUAAUUAGUUGAUAAUUUAUAGGAGCAAUUUAAAUAAUUAAAGCCUUAAAAUAUUUUAAGUAUGAACUUAAAAUGUAGUAAAAAGUAAAGGAAUAAGAUAAUUUAAUUUAAAUAAUAAAUGUGUCUCAAAAAACCCAAGUCAAGAAGUGAAAUCGAAAUAAAGAAUUAAAUGACAAAGUAAUAGAAAAACUCAAAUAAUGGUCCUAAUGCUCAAGAAGAAAAUUCAUUGUUAACAUUAUUCUUAAUUGAAUAAUAGAAUGAAGCCCUAAAAGAUAUACUCUCAAAAGUUGACUAAAUUAUAACAACAUAAAAAUAAUCAUUUAAUCAAAAUAAAUAAUAGACUUAAAAUGAAGAGAAAAAUUUAGAGUAUUUGUAAAAUUGGUUGGUUAGUUGUUUAAAAUAAUUUAAGUAACUUGAAUCCUUUUAUCCUGAAUAAUUUAUUAAAAAAUAAAUUGAUUAAUCUAAUUUGAGUUUGAAAUUAGAUUAAAAAGAAAAUGGCAUAUUUUUUUUUUUAGAUACUCAGAUUUCCCUUCCAGGAAUUAAGUUUUCUGAAAUUUCUAAAAAUAAAACUAUCAAAUUAGACAAAUUUAGAACAUCUGCAUCCUCAAAGUUUUAUGGAAUUGCUGUUUGUGAAUAAAGUUUAAGUUAAGAAGGGAUAUCAAAAUUUGCAUUUAAAAUUAAUAAAAUAGAUGGAAACAUUGCAAUUGGUGUUUGUAAUAAAGAUAAACUAGGUCAACAAAAUUUUAUUAAUAAUAAUUUCUAAAAUACUUAAGGGUAUUCUAUUUAUUAAAUAAUUAUUAGUCUAUAUCUACUUUAAAAUUAUGGAGGUAUGUAUUCUAAUUAAGAAAUUGGAAUAUUGUAAGGAUAACCUUUUGAAUUCCAAGAAUCAAAUAUCAUUAUAGUUAUUGUUAAUUUCUAACAAAAGACUAUAAAAUGGAAAAAAUUUAAUCAUUAAUCUGAAUUUGUAAGAUUUUCAUCCUAAAUUUUAGAUGAUUAAUUUUGAUAUUAAAUAUGACUCAUAACCCUGUGUAUUGUUUUCAAAAUUAUCAUCAUUUAACAAAAUAUCCAAAGUAUCAAUUGUGAACCCAAAAACAUUGAGAAUUAUAGAUGGUUGUACAUAUAUUUGAAAUUAUUGAAUAUCUAUAAUAUUGAGAAUGAAC